AUGGAUCCACAAGUAAAACAAGAUGACGAAAACAGUUGUGGGUAUGGCGUUUUGACGGUUGUCGCCCUUGUGAUCAUCAUCAUUUCGGCUGUAUUCACAUUCAUUUUCGCAAAUCACAUGUAUCAUGGCACAGAGGAUUAUUUCGAUGAAGAGAAACACUUGAAAAAGGUUGAAUGGAUCCCAACAAGAACGAUGGCCGUUCCGCAACGAAGAUUUAUCAUCGCAAGGAUAUCGCAUGAGCCAGAGAUGUGCUUUUUGAUACCAUCAGAGUUGGAAAAGGAGAACACUGCUUUGCGAGUCCGUCGAUCACCUCGAGAAUACCCGCUUUCUAAACCGAUCGCUGCUUGCGGUUUCACUGUUGAGCUCGAGAAGAAUGGGGACUAUUGUUCAGAAAUGACAGCCGAAUCGCGGAAACGACGAGAGAUCGGCUGUGCGCCUGUGAUUCUCAAGUGUCAAAACAUGCUUGGUCUAAGCGAUACUUGCGUGAUCAAAGAGCAAGCUGAUAUCGCAUUGUUAUGCGAGCGAGCAAAGGCUCUACAAGAUGAAAACGAAAAGUGUUCAACG